AUGGCAGACCGUCAGGUUACCCAGCAGACUAUCCUCAGUCAUCUCGCCAAGCUCGAUGACCCGGAUGCCGAUCUUCGAUACAUGUCCCUCAAUGACCUGUUCACCAUUCUGAGCAGUCCAAGCUCGAGCUUCCUUGCCAGCGACAACCGUUCCUCAAACAAGCUUGCGGAAGGCCUUCUCAAGGCUCUGGAUGACCAACAUGGGGACGUGCAAAACCAAGCCCUGAAAUGUCUCGGCCCCCUGGCUGUCCGACUUCCCUUCGAGUCACUUGUCCCCCUCCUUGAGAAACUGAGCAACCUGACUACCUCGCAAACCAUCGACACCUCGGUCCCCAAUACCGCCAUUCGCACCAUCGUUGACACCCUUCCUCGGCCUCAAGCUGGCCAGCCCGCUCCGCAAAAUGCCGUCACGGCUUAUCAGGCCGUCUCCAAGGUGUUGAUUCCGAGACUUACCGGACCAACCCAGUCUGCAUCUGGUAGAAGAGGCUCUGUCGUGCGGGGGAUGCUGGAGAAGGAUCCUUCCAAGGGUUUCAGCAGCGAUGCCAUUGAUGUACUCAUCAAGGUCGUGACAUGCUUUGGGCCCCUCCUUUCCGAGUCGGAGUUGGUUGCUUUGCAGGAACCAGUCAUGGCUAUCAUCCAUAACGAUACCGCCGGUACUGUGGUCACCAAGCGUGCUUUGGCUGCCAUCUCGGCCCUGGUCCUCUACUUCUCUGAUAACCAGCUCAAUGCCUUCGUGAAGCGGCUGACAGAGACGUUGUCCUCACCAAAUAUCUCAACUGUACACCGACGACACUUGAUUGCUGCUAUUGGCGUGAUUGCUCGCAGCGCUCCGGCCAAGCUUGGCCCUCAUCUGAACAGCCUUGCGCCCUUCGUUUUCUCUGCUGUGGGGGAGGACAAUCUCGUGCAGGCAAACUGA